GAAAACAACCAGGAAGCAAAUGGCGGAAAUAUAGAUCCACCUCACGCUUUCAGCUUGUAAUUUUUUUUUUGGGGGGGGGGGUUGUCCAGACCGGUUUGCUUCCUGAAUGGAGAGGCCAACCGAGUAGGACAGCAGAUGCCCUCAACUAAAAACGGUGGACGGUUUUGAAGACACGAUGUCGUCGCGUCUGUCCAGCUGGCGGCUUCGGUAACGUGAACGGACAGAUAGCCAAUCACUGUCACUGACAGCCUGCCACAUUGAACUCAGACAUAUGGCCCGGAUCCUCAGCUAGCCGAGAGAGAGAGAGAGAGAGAGAGAGAGAGAGAGAGAGAGAGAGAGAGAGAGAGAGACACACGACGUGACAAGACGACGCUAGCAUCAUGUUUCUGAAAACCUCGUUCACCACGCUGAUCGUGGGGGUGUUUGUGGUGUACGUGCUCCACACCUGCUGGGUGAUGUACGGGAUAGUGUACACUAAACCCUGCGACCACCCCAAAGGUGACAACUGUAUCACGCCCUUCCUGGCUGGGAACCCGAAAUUACAGUUGAGUAUCUACACUGCACUGCGGCCCAAUGCAGAGGGAGGACAUACCCUGAUCCACAAAGAGGACGAAUUUGAUGUCGACAGCAAGUUUGAGAGGAUAGUGAAUGUCUCCCUCCCUAAGAAGACCCGUAACAAUGGAACAUUAUAUGCACUAAUAUUUGUCCAUCAAGCCGGCGUCACUCCAUGGCAGGAUCCACGCCAGGUCCACUUGGUGGCUCAGCUCACCACCUACAUGGUCCCUAAACCGCCUGAGAUCUCUUUGAUAUCCGGAGAGGAUCAAACAAAGAAAGAAGAAGCCCAGAAGAAGAAACAGGGUGAUGGCAACCCCACAGCAGGGGGUGGAGCUGGAGAUGGACCCACCUCUUCGUCAGUUCACCCAGCUUCCCACUGGCGCUCCCGCCUGACGCUGAACAUUGUCAGUGACCACUUCAUGUUUGACAGAGAAUACCUUCCUAGUGAUGUCCACAGAUACCUCAGAGUAUUCCAAAAUGGUAAGAAGAUGGUUUAUCUACCUCUGCUGUUUGUUGAUGAGCUCAGCAACCGGGUCAAGGACCUUGUGGAGAUCAACAGUACCUCCAUUGAGCUCCCUCUGACCAUCUCCUACGAUUCUAUCUCUCUGGGAAGGCUACGAUUCUGGAUCCACAUGCAAGAUGCUGUUUUCUCUCUGCAGCAGUUUGGUUUCACAGAAAAGGAUGCUGAUGAGAUUAAAGGAAUCUUUGUGGAUACUAACCUGUACUUCCUGGCUCUGACCUUCUUUGUGGCUGCCUUCCAUCUGCUCUUUGACUUCCUGGCGUUCAAGAACGACAUCAGCUUCUGGAAGCAGAAAAAAAGCAUGGUGGGAAUGUCCAGCAAAGCAGUGCUCUGGCGAUGUUUCAGCACCAUAGUGAUUUUCCUCUACUUGUUUGACGAGCAGACCAGCCUGCUUGUCCUCAUACCUGCUGGCAUCGGCUCGAUCAUUGAAGUAUGGAAAGUGAAGAAGGCCUUUAAGAUUCAGGUUUUCUGGAAAGGAGGCAAACCAACAUUCCUGUUUGGGCAAUUAGAUGAAUCAGAGAGGAGAACAGAAGAGUACGAUACACUGGCCAUGAAGUACCUCUCAUUCCUCCUUUACCCAUUGUGUAUCGGAGGGGCUGUGUACGCUCUAAUAUUCCUGCGAUAUAAGAGUUGGUACUCGUGGUUGAUCAACAGUUUGGUUAAUGGUGUAUAUGCCUUUGGCUUCCUCUUCAUGCUUCCUCAACUGUUUGUCAACUAUAAGCUGAAAUCUGUGGCCCACCUGCCCUGGAAAGCCUUUAUGUACAAGGCUUUCAAUACCUUUAUCGACGAUGUGUUUGCCUUCAUCAUCACGAUGCCAACGUCCCACAGACUGGCCUGUUUCAGAGAUGAUGUGGUGUUUCUCAUUUACCUCUACCAGAGAUGGCUCUACCCAGUGGACAAAACAAGAGUAAAUGAAUAUGGAGUUUCUUAUGACGAAGAACCCAAAGGAAAGUCCCACAAGGACUAGAGAGGAAAGACGGGUUAUUGGCUUCCAUGAUCUUGUAUCUGCGGGUUUAGUCUUCGGUCCACUGGUAUCCACUGAUCUCAUUUGGUAUCAGCUGAGCUGGUUUAAUGGUCCAGAGGCACCUGGAAAAAUAUUUUUCUGUUUCUGGUCAGUUAGUUGUAAAUGGACCAGGCGCAUCAACAUCCUUGUGGUUUUUUAGUUUUCCAUCCCAUCCCAUAGUGCAAAGUGUUGAAAGGUCAACAUCUGCUUAUCUGCCUUUUGCAGUCUGGAGAGGUUUUUUGUUUUGUUUUGCGGUGUGUGACGGGAAAGGUUAGACCAGUUAGAUAAAACUCUUCCAUUUGAAACUGACGACCUGGAGAAAAUGUGUUUCAGAUUGGUGUGAAUGGCCAGCACCCUGCUCGCGACUAUGACCAUGUCUACCACAGGUACAGGCACUGCUCAUCUCUGGUAUGAAAGAGUACACUGAUGAUGACUAUAGUAAUUCUUCUAUAGCAUAUAUUGGUGUUAACUACAAGCCUUCUCAGCUAUAAAUUCAUGUCAAAUCCAUGAAACCAGUCACAUUCCAUGUCUAUUGGAACAUCUCCGUCCUGUUCUUAUUUUUUGUUGUUUUCAGCUUUGGGUGUCUGCAAAUACUGACUUGGUUGUGCUGAGCUGCAAGAGAAAAUUAUGAUUUAUUACAUUGGGUUAGACUCCCAUUUUUAACUGAAGAACCACUGUAAAUAUUGCAAUGUCCAAAAGGGAUUGUUCUAAUUUGAAACAUUUUGAUGUUUACAAAUUCCAAUUAACUGACACGACUGUACAUUUUGAGAAAACACGCUGGUUUAGACUGCUUUGAGGAACCCAUAUCUAAAUAUAUGUUUUUUCCAUAUUAUUAUUCCGUAAGCGCCAAGCCUGAUACAUCAGAGCUUUACAAAAAAUCUGAGUUUCCAAGUCAUAGUUAUAGCUUGGAUUUUGAAAUGAUUUACAAGUUGGAAACAAGUGGACGUAAUUACGGUAAUUCUGCUAUAACAUGAAAGCUGCAUUAGGCAAAGGUGGGCAGUACUGAAACGUGGACAAAGAGUGGAUGUAUUGUUAGUUCAGUUAAAUAUUGCUGAUGCAAAAUGUGAGUGCUUUUGUAAAAAUUAUAUGAAAUUAUGCUAAUGGAGUUUAAAUAUUGCUCACUGAAAAUGCUGUUGACAAUUUGCCUCUUAAAAGGUAAUGCCGACAAAGAUAACACAUGUUAACCCUGAGACAAACAUAAAUAUAUAUAUAUAUAUAUAUAUAUACUUAAAAAUUAUUGAGACAGUAGUCAGAGAAAAAGUCACCUAAAAAGUAACAAUACAUUUGUCAAAAAAUUUCAAAUCUGCAUAUGGCUGUAAUAGAAGCACAGUAGAAGAUUCCAACUUGUUGCCGUGGUGAAGAGUAUGAAUUACCUGAACAUUCCAAAAUGUUCAGCUACAGUAGAAGCAGGUAGAUCAUUCUUAUUUGUUGCCAUGGAGAUGGGGCUAAACUGCCUGAACAUUCUAGAAUAUUAAGCUUGAAAGUUCCAGAAUUUGUAGAGUUGAAGCGUCUCCUGCUCUGUCCACUUGCUAAAUGAUGACUUUUAUUACACUGUAACACAGGAAGGUGCCACUGAAAGCCAUACUGUCCUUUCCAUCCACUCUAGGUUUGUAGUUUUACCUGCUCAAGUAUUUUUUUAAAUAUCAGGGCCAAGAAGAUAUGUUAGUGCCAAAUGUGAGAAUGAUUCCUAAAACUGUUUCUGAGCUUUGUAUGUUCAAGAUAAAGGGUCCAUCUGAUGUUUUUAAAUACACACUGACAUUGUGGGUGAAACAGUAAAUGGUAAGACUUGAGGAAAGUAUUACUACAUCUAGACUUUCAGUCACAUUUGUUUUUUCCGUAGUUCUGAUGUUAUGAUGUUUUUUUUUUGUUUGUUUAAAUAGAAAGACUACUUGGGAUCACCCUACUCCAUUUUCAAAUAUCAGGACAUAUUAGGUCUGUGUACAGCACAGGCUUUCUGUUCCUGUGUAAAUGCAGCCAGGAGAGAUUUGCCAUAAUAUUUUCCUUGAAAUGUUUUACUUACUGUAAUCUUUGUGUUUUUGAUUGAGAUGAAAUAAAAUUGACUGACUGAAAA